GGUGAGGCUCAGUCGUCAUGAGAUCUGUUUUGCUUUGGGGGGGUUUUCAGUUACAUUCUGAAGCUGAUCAGCUGUAGCAUCAUGAAUCUGUGGAUCAGCAGUCAACUCCUGGUAGUGGGGCUGUUUCUAAGCACCUCGGCUCUGACACCUGAAGAAUGCCAACCCUUGGUCACACCUCUGUCUCUGGCCGACCCUUCCAUAAUGUACGGCAGGACGAACUUCAUCGUGGGUUACACUGAUAAUGAAGUAUUUAAAGGUAUCCUGAAGCUAACCGAGAGCUGCUGGUUAAACAUCACCCCGUCAUCAAAUGUCACUGAAGCUUUCAUGUCUCAGGAGAACAAGAUAAAUGGAACCUGCUGGAGCUCAACUUUCAACAUAACUAUUGACGGCAACACUGCAUCAGCAUCACUCGCCAACUUCAGCUCAGUGAUCCAUGUGCUGCCGAGCUGUGAUGGCUGUCUGCUCAUGAGCCUGAACAGCACUGCCAGAAACCUUGACAAGUUACUGCACAAGAUGAAUUUCAACAGCAACAUUACAGGGGACAAGAUCCACGCUCAGGCUCUUUAUUUGAUGAUUUUCUUUCCAGCCAGAGAGUUGGCCCUAAAGGACUCGGACAUGGAACAUUUCAAGCAGCAGGCGAGCUGCCUUGGCUUCUCUGGAGAGCCAGACUACCUCUACGACCCCAAAAAUGAGUUCUGUGCUGAAGGCGAGGGCAUUAAGAUGACGUUUGACUGAAUUUAAGAACAACUGUCAUGAAUAUUUCAAACUGAAAUCAAGCAAGUAAAGAAACAAUUAGACUUAAAACAUCAAUAAUGUGGUCCUUGUUUUUAUU